AUGGGAUCCGGGUUAAUAUGGAAUGCCGCUUGCGUUCUAGGCUCUGGCAUUUGUUUGCUGCUGCUAAGCAUCGUAUCAAUUGCCUUGUAUAGGCUCUUCUUCCAUCCACUUGCACGAGUUCCAGGCCCAAAGCUCGCUGCUAUUUCUAAUAUAUGGCAUGCAUAUCACGCUCGAAAUGGUGGCAUGUUCGAAUUGGCAUGCACACUGCACCAAAAGUAUGGAGAAGUAGUGCGGGUUGGCCCCGAUGAACUUUGGUUCAACAGCAUGGAGGCCUUUGACAAGAUCUACAGUAGCACCAAAGGAUUUGAAAAGAGUGAUUUCUACUUGGCAACCAGCCUAAUCCUGCCAAAAAUAGAUUGCUUCUUGCGUCCUCAUUUUGUCGAUAGCUUAGAUCUACUCUCCGAAAGGGACAUGAAGCGCUAUCGACUCCAGAGACGGUUGAUUGGGAGAGUCUACCAAACAUCCAAUGUGAUCAAGUUUGAAGCGGCAGUCGACGGUGUUAUUAACCAAGUGAUUACGCGACUGAAAGCCUUGGACGGCGCCGAGUUAGACCUGAAAGAAUGGAUGCACAUCAUCGCGGUUGAGUGUCUUGGAGCUUCCGUUUUGUCUUGGGCUCCGGGAUUGCUUAAAACCGGAACUGACUGGGGAUCAAGCGGCCACAGUUAUCUUGCUUGGAGAAGGAAGAGUGUUAUGGGCCUAUUCCCGACCUUGACUAAAUUGACGAUGGGUACAAAUUUGUUCGAAUGGGUAUUCAGAGAUGUCUGGAACUUGAAGUUCCCUGCUCCACCAAACUUCAGAUCAUUCUUUCCUGACGUGGGAAAGCGUAUAUCGCGGAGAAUCAAAUCUGCUUUAAACCCAAAUGCCGGUAAAGAUCGCCGGAUAGAUCUAAUGGCAGACCUCAUUCAACUCCACAAAGAUAAACCUGAAUUCACGGAAGUUUACCUUAGGAAAAUGGGAAUGACCAAUUUUGGCGCGGGACAUGACACAAUGGCUUCAACUUUGACAGCCAUUUUCACAAUGAUUGGAACACACGACGACGUCCAAAAAAAAGUAACGGAAGAAAUUCGAAGCGCCAAGAAUCCUUUAUCAUAUGCGGGCGCUGUUCAGCUGCAGUAUACGCGCGCAGCUUCAAGAGAGGCCAUGCGACUUCAUCCCGCCUUGACCAUGUCGCUUUCUCGCCGAGUUCCUGAUAACGGUUUGCAUAUGCAUGGGCACUUCAUCCCGGGAGGCACGACAGUCGGGUGUAACCCAGCGGCGCUGCAUCGGAAUGCAGACAUUGUGACGGGCUCAAACCCAGAGGCCUACGACCCGGAUCGAUGGCUCGGUGGCGACCCUCUUGACGUGCGCCCUAUGGAACGAUACAGCCUUAAUUGGGGUGGCGGCCCAAGGACUUGUCCAGGCAAGAACUUGGCCGAGAUGGUGGUGUACAAAGUUGUAUCAGCCCUAUUCGAACAAUUCGAUGUCGAGGUGGUAGCACCAUUGCAGAUUGGGCAGCCAUCGUACUACAUGUCGAUGAUCACAGGCGCAAAGGCCCGAUUCUUGCCUGUGCCCCCACCGAUGGCCGGGGAAAUCUCUAAAAGAACUGGUUAAUUGGUGAGGGGGUUAUCAUACUGUAGUAGCUGGGAUUUGCAAAGAUUAUCAGCACCAAAUCAAAUACCGG